AUGUCAUUACUUCUGCAAAAAAUACGCUAUUGUGAAUACAAUUGGAGUAUACGCUGUGACUUAAAAGUAGCAGCUAUUCUGACAGGAUUGCAGGCAGGAUACACAAAAUACUGCUGCUUCCUAUGCGAAUGGGACAGCAGAGAUAGGAUAAAGCAUUACGUUAAGAAGAAUUGGCCAAUCAGGAACAAAAUGCAGCCAAGAAAUAAAAUGUUCAACAUCCACCAUUCAGAUACGCUAUGCUAUAAAUCCGAGUCAGCGUUUAAAAGAACAAAAGUAAAUUGCGAUUGUAGAUUCCGGUAUAAAAUUGGAAGUGUUACACAUUGUGACAAUAUACUUGAAUAA